CUGGACCAUUCUCAGGCGGUGGAUGUUUAUCUCGGCUUCUGCUAUUUGAUUGUGGUGCUGGCACUUAUUGAAUAUGCCGUCGUCGCAUAUUCCAACAAGAAGUACGACGAUAGAAAGAAAUUCAAAAGGAAGAGCGUUUUCGAGCCAAAGCUGCAGCUGGAAACGCCAGACUUGCUCCGAGAUGCACGUAUCGACGAAUGUACUUGUGAGCAGGAUGUUUCGAUUCUGGCUAUAGCGAUGCGACCCCGUUCACACAGAACCUGUUGUAGACACAAUCGAAUUGACCUUAUUGCUCGCAUUGUGUUCCCGAUAUCGUUCCUCGCCUUCAACUUUGUUUACUGGAUCGUGCUCAUUUCACUCUCAGGAUGGAAAAUGUACGGGCAAAGUCCGGAACAGCAGUCAUGUUGA